AGUCCAGCCAUGCAGCUGAAUGAGACUGGAGUUCAAACACUGGCUCCAGAGCCAUGUGAGCAGCAAAUUCUAAAGGAGGACAACCCUGGAAACUGUAGCAGUGGUUCCACCGGCAACCUGUCGCUGCACUGCUGGCUGCAGCUCCUCACCAAGGAAUCUAUCAUGGAAUUUCAAGGAGACAGCUCCAGUCUAGUGGUGCGUGUGAUGAUAGCAUGUGUCUACUCUAUAGUCUGUGCACUCGGGCUGGUGGGAAACUCACUGGCUCUGUAUCUGCUGCACUCACGUUACCGGCAGAAGCAAUCAUCCAUCAACUGCUUUGUGAUGGGUCUGGCUAUCACAGACCUCCAAUUUGUGCUCACCUUACCUUUCUGGGCAGUGGACACAGCCCUGGAUUUCCGCUGGCCGUUUGGCCGUGUGAUGUGCAAAAUCGUCAGCUCUGUCACCACCAUGAACAUGUAUGCCAGUGUAUUCUUCCUUACAGCUAUGAGCGCGGCACGCUAUUACUCUAUCUCCUCUGCACUGAAGAUGCACAGCCGGCGGACAGCAGCAGCCAGGGCCAAGUGGACAAGCCUGGGCAUCUGGGCUGUCUCUCUGCUGGCCACUUUGCCUCACGCCAUCUACUCCACCAGCGCCCAGGUGUCAGAUGAGGAGCUAUGCCUGGUGCGCUUUCCAGACUCAGGCAGUUGGGAUCCACAGCUGCUUUUGGGUCUAUACCAGCUGCAAAAGGUUCUGCUGGGCUUCGUUAUUCCUCUGAUCAUAAUCACUGUAUGCUAUCUACUGCUACUGCGCUUGAUCCUCACCCAACGCAUAGCCUGUGCAGCAGGCCCGGAGAUUGAGCAAGGCCGGCAAAGACGUCGCUCCAAAGUGACCAAAUCCAUUGUCAUCGUUGUCCUGUCCUUCUUUCUGUGCUGGCUUCCCAAUCAGGCGCUGACUCUGUGGGGGGUGCUCAUAAAGUUUGACCUUGUGCCCUUCAGCAAGGCUUUCUAUAACGUGCAGGCCUACGCCUUCCCCCUGACUGUGUGUUUGGCGCACACCAACAGCUGCCUGAACCCUGUGCUCUACUGCCUGAUUCGCAGAGAGUUUCGGGCUGGUCUCAAGGAACUUCUCCUCCACGCCACUCCCUCCUUCAGGAACCUGACUCAUCUGCUGCGUCGCAAGGCCAAAGUGGCUGAGGCGCCACCUGUUCUUGUGCUGGUCCAAAUGGAUGUCUGA